AUGAAAUCUGGUUGGUUACACAUUGCUCGUGAUGGUCUUCUCGUACCUCGACCCUCUUCUUCUCUGAAGAAGAAGAAGAAGAAGAAGAAGCAGAAGGAGGAGGAGGAGGAGGAGGAGGAGGAGGAGGAGGAGAAGGAGGAGAUGGAGGCAGGUUAUGAGCCCCACCAUCGUCUUCUUCAUCAACAGGAGGAACAAGAACGGCUCCAAAGCACCCUCCUUUUCGACGCCCUUUACUGCUCGGAGGAGCACUGGGGAGGAGAGGAGGAGGAGGAGGAGGAGGAUGAGGAAGAGGAGCUAGCGGGUGAUGGGCUUCUGUCGGAAGAGAGAGAUCACAGGUUGCUGAGCCCGCGAGUCUUGCUCGAUCAGGACUUGCUGUGGGAGGACGAGGAGCUGGCCUCCCUCUUCUCCAAAGAGGAGCGGAGCGGCAUGCAUCCGAAUCUGGAAAACGACCCGUCUUUGGCCGAUGCUCGCCGCGAGGCCGUGGAGUGGAUAAUGGGAGUCCACGCGCACUACGCGUUCUCCGCUCUCACGGCUCUGCUCGCGGUGAACUACUGGGACAGGUUCAUGUGCGGCUUCCGUUUGCAGGAAGAGAAGCCGUGGAUGACUCAGCUCUCCGCCGUCGCUUGUCUCUCCCUCGCUGCCAAAGUGGAGGAGACCCAAGUGCCCCUUCUCAUUGAUUUCCAAGUCGAGGACAGCUGCCCCGUCUUUGAGGCGAAGAACAUACAGAGAAUGGAGCUCCUGGUGCUCUCGUCGCUUGAUUGGAAGAUGAAUCCAGUGACCCCGCUAUCGUUUCUUGAUUACAUGACAAGGAGACUGGGGCUGACGGGCCAUCUGUGCUGGGAGUUCCUUAGAAGGUGCGAGCACGUCCUCCUCUCUGUAAUCUCAGAUUGCAGAUUCACGUGUUUUCUUCCUUCAGUGAUAGCUGCCUCCACAAUGCUGCACGUAAUCAAUGGCCUAAAACCUCGUCUCGGUGUCGAAGACCAAACCCAGCUCUUGGGAAUCCUAGGAAUGGGCAUGGACAAGAUCGAUGCUUGCUACAAGCUCAUCAACGACCACGCCUCAAGAGGCCAGAAUUAUCCACACAACAAGCGCAAGUUUGGCUCGGUCCCCGGGAGCCCCAGAGGAGUAAUGGAAAUGUGCUUCAGCUCCGAUAGCUCCAAUGACUCUUGGGCCGUGGCGGCUUCGGUUUCUUCCUCCCCAGAGCCUCACUCCAAGAAGAGCAGAGCCGGCGAAGAAGCCGAAGAUCGGCUUCCGCGGGGGUCGCUCGACGUCGAAGACCAUGCUCAUGCGGAUGUCUUCAGCUUCCCUCACUAGUACUCCUUCCUGGUUCUGGUUAUUAUACUCUUAUAUGUUGGAAAUAACAUUUCAUAUGUUCAUGUAAUGUUCAAGUUAAAUUGCCAACCAUCUCUCGGUUCCGGCCUAAUCCCCAGACGAUCGAAUAGCGAAAUGGGAAGUUGCAGAAA